AUGGGCAACAUAGCCCAUUUUAACAUCGUCUGUGCGGCGUCAGAAUUCGAUCGAGUGCUUGCCUUCUAUCUAGCUGCCUUGAAACCGUUGGGCUAUAAAGAGAUGAAGCGCCCUGUUGAGAACUUUGUGGGGUUGGGCAAUGGCUAUAUUGCAGACUUCUGGAUUGGGGCCAAAAAGGGAUGCGAAAAGAUCAGCAUUGAGGACAGGAAGCAGAUUGGUUGUCAUUUUGCCUUCUGGGGAAAAGACUUCACAGCGGUACAUGCUUUCCAUGCCGCUGGCCUCAAAGCGGGCGGAACGGACAAUGGCAAGGCUGGAUAUCGACCGAAAUAUUCAAAACUCUACUAUGGAGCGUUCAUCAUUGAUCCGUUGGGCAACAACGUCGAAGUCAUGUGCAUAUAUCCGCCAUGGAUGCAAUGGUGGUGGUGGAGGAGUUGGCUUCCUGGUGGGAAGGUGUUGGAACCUGAGAACAGGAAGGAGGAUUGA